AUGUCUCUCGAAGAGUACAUUCGUCGGGUCGACUUCUACCGUCUCGGUAGUGGUGCGACCCUGCUGGUGCUGCUGGCCUUUUACUCCCCUGUGAUGCUGCUGGUGCUGUCCCCGACGUAUGGUGCCCUGCCCGCACAUAUCUUCCAUGUCUACGGCCUGGGCAUUUUUGCGGCUGCCGGAUGGUUCUUGAAAGAUCAAGUUCAAUUGCGACUCGGUCGUCUGGCCGCGUAUAUGCUUCCCGUCCUUGCUUUCUGGACGCCCACUCUGCAGUACUUUGUGAUGCAACAGAGCUCCAUGCUAGGAAACCCCCUUGGACCUGUGAUCACAGAGCUGUUUGGCUAUUACCCACUCGCUCUGUUGACUGUGGCCAUUGCUGGCAAGCAAAUCCAAUACUCCCUGCACCUUGAGGAUAUGGGUGACGUUGCGGCGGAGCAUGUACCCCUGGUGGGCUCAUAUCUCGUCUACUCCUUGGGCGAGCACUUCGCCAAAGCCCUGCUAUCUCGCUUCAUUGGCUUCACCGUCGUCUUCUCCCGCGCUGGCUUGCAGUUCGUCAUUGCGAUCUUGUACGCUGCCGUCGUCCCUUCCAAGAUGCUGCUUCUGGCCAUUCCGUCCGUCCUCUUCUCGAUCACAGCUGAUGUCCACUUUGGUGGUAUCGGCGGUGUGAACUCUGCUAUUCAGAGCGAGGGCUAUUCCAUCUUGGCACGCCAAGAGUCCUACACUGGGUAUAUCUCGGUUUUGGAGAACCACAAUGAUGGAUUCCGCGUGAUGCGCUGUGACCACAGCCUCCUCGGUGGGCAGUGGACUAAAAUGGCUCCCGGCUACCACCCGCAGGUCCAAGAUCCUGUCUACGCGGUCUUCACCAUGCUUGAAGCUGUCCGUCUGGUCGAGAAUAGCCAUGGAAGCCAUCGUGUGGACGCCGGCAGCAAGGCUCUGGUCAUUGGUCUUGGAGUUGGCACAACCCCCGCUGCACUCAUGAAACACGGCAUCGAUACUACAGUCGUCGAGCUCGAUCCUGUGGUGGUUAAGUUUGCCAAGCAGUAUUUCAACUUCCCCUCCAACCACGCGACCACCGUCGAUGAUGCAACCAAAUUUGUCAAGCGGGCGUUGAAGACCCCAUCUGCGCAUCAAUACGACUAUAUCGUCCACGAUGUCUUUACUGGCGGUGCCGAGCCCGCCGAGCUUUUCACUAUUGAUUUCCUCCAUGACCUGAGCUCCCUUCUCAAGGAUGAUGGUGUCAUUGCCAUCAACUACGCCGGCGAUCUCGCCCUCUACCCAACAGGCCUUGUCGUCCGCACCAUCCUGGCCACUUUCCCAACUUGCCGCAUCUUCCGCGAGAACGCGCCGCCCGCGGACAAUGAGAACCAGGACUUCACCAACAUGGUUAUCUUCUGCACCAAGAACAUUGGCGCUCCGCUUAAGUUCAGAAGCCCUGAGCAGGCUGAUUUCCUGGGUAGCGACUCCCGUAAGAACUACCUCCUUCCCACCCAUGAGAUUGACCCUGCCGUUUUCGAUCCCAUCCCCAAGGGCGGAAGCCGCCUUCUUGUCGACAAGGAAGUCAAGAGACUUUACAAGUACCAGGACCGCGGUGCCUUGGAGCACUGGGAGAUCAUGAGGAAGGUUAUCCCUGCCGCUGUGUGGGAGAACUGGUGA